GCGGCAGGCGCCGCGGCGGCAGCGGCGCUCCCCGAGGGGAGGCGGCGGCGGCGGCGGCGGCGGCGUCGCCCGCGAACCGCACGGGCAGCUGCAGCCGCGCAGCCACUCAGCAUCCUGUGCCCUCCCCUGCACCUGCACCUGCACCGGCAGCAGGAGCAUCUGAACCCAGGGCUCCACUUCUCGCAAGCAGACAAUAUUAUUGUCGAAGAUUAGUCAGAUGCCUUCCGUCCAUUCCCUGCCUCACAUGCUAUGUCAUGCAAGCUUUGAAGCACUUAGCACAUAAUUUAAAUGAAUGACUAAUUUGGCAAGCAUAAUGGAAGGCACGCAUGCUAUCCUUCAACUGCACAAACCCAUUAUGGAGCUUUGUUACGUCAGCUUCUGUCUUCCAGAGGGAAAAGUCAGAGGAUUUACUUACAAAGGCUGUGUAACUCUGGACAGAAGCAGCAAGCGUUUUUGUAAUUGCUGUCAAGUAAGGGAGAGAUCAGAGAUGGAGGUGAGAGAACAGCCGCAUGAAAACUUUGGAGACAUUUUUUUCAAGCAAACUACCACGAAGGACAUUCUCAUUGAGCUCUUCAAACUGACUGCUGAAAAUGAAAAACUGUUAUCUAAUCUUUUGAGAUCACAUCCUAUUCUGGGCAUAAGCAUGGGAAAUCAGAAGGGAAAGCUACAAGAUGUUUCUGGAGGCCCAAAACUUAAAGGUAAUGAUAACUCCAGUUUUGUGCAUCACCAGGAGUUCUUUCUGGAUUCCACAGAUAAAGACAACUUUAAUCAAGAAAAAAUGAGGAAAUAUAGAAGGAAAGAGAGCUUUGAGGAAUUCAGACAGAGGAAAGGGAAAAGAAAGAUACAUGAAGGACAUCCUUCUUUGUUGAGUGAGAAAGACAUGCAAUUGGAAAAUGAGAAGAUGUUUUCUACAACAUUUCCUACCAGAAACUUUCCCAGUUCCUUUUCUGCCUCCAGUUGGCUAACAGUAAAAGAUAAGGAUGAUUUGACACUAGAUAUGCAACCAGAAAGAUGGAUAAAAGAAGGGUGUUUUCUCAAAAGCAAAAAAACUUUGAAACUGGAUGCUGACAUAUCCAGUUCUGUGUUGAAAGACAGCAGUGACGCGGUUGCAGUUGAACUAUUGGAUAAUGGAGAACGUAUUCCUAAAGUUAGGAAGGUACAGCCGAGUAUCACUUUGGAAAACUUGUAUCAGGACAGUCUAUCUAACAAAAUUGAGUCCUUAAGUAAAUCUGCAGCUGCUAAAAGCUUGAGAGGUAACAAGUAUACUGAGCAGGUAUGCAAGGAGAAACCAGCAAUCAGAGCUGUUGCCAAAGUGCAGGAUUCAGGAGCCUGUUUUAAAAAAGUUGUAAAAACCCAUGCAGAGUCUUUACGUGAUUUUCAAGGAGAUAAAGAAACUGUUUCUCCUGUUCUCACAACACUACACAAUGAGCUUAUACCAAGAACUGAUGCAUUCUCUGUAGAUGAAGCUGCUGGAGACUCUAAAAGCAGUGUGCUGCAGGAAAAGGAGCGAGAUGACUGUGCUUUGCAGUACAAAGGAGAGAGAGUGCACAUUACUGAUGAGUCAUGCAACCUUGUGGGAGCACUCAAUAAAGCCCUUCUGAAAGUUAUACAGAGUGACAGUUUAGAUGAAGCUGCAGAAUGGAAGAGGCUGCAACAAAUUACAAGAGUAGACAGAGAGCUGCCUGGCCCAGUAUGUGAGAAAAGAACCACCGUAUCCGGGGGAAGCAGCAAGCAUUUAUUUUUGAACUUCUCUGUAAAUGAAUGUCCUGAUAUUUCUCAGACAAGUAAUAAUCUUAGACUGGAAGAGAAAAGGCUGCAUUCACCCUCAUUAGUAGCAAUUGCCUAGCCCACAGCUGCAUCAUCGGAUUCUCCCAUUACCGACACAGAACAGCGAGG